CUCCCCUUCGCAUCAAAACAGAAAACAAAGGAAUCACGGCGGUUCAGGACGUCCGAAGUCAAUCCGCCGAUUUUACUACGCAAAAAGUACGCGAAAAACAAUCGAAAAGUGAACGCUUUGUAAAGUAUAAAGUUCCCACGUGCAGUGUUUGCGUUCUACGCGAAAAUGGCUACUCGAAAACUGAAUACCAUCGAAGAUCUGAGCGAAGCGACUGCCAAACUGACCUUCCAACCCGAAGGGAAAACCAGCCAAAUUGCAGAAUCAUGGGUGGAGCUGAACUCUGGCAACGGCCUCGCAGCGGUCGAGAAUGAGUAUAUCAGACUGCUCCGCGAGGCUCAACGGGAGAGCCGGGACUCCUCCGUGAGGCACUCGCGAGCCUCCAGCGUCAAAGGCAGCCCGAAGUCCCCGCCAAACAGCCCCAACUUGGAGCCGUCGACGGAAGACGAGCUCAAGGGGGUCUACAUCAACUGCUGGAGAGACGACUCCAAUGACUGGGUUUGGGAGUGGAGCAGUCGACCUGACCAGUUGCCACCAAAGGACUGGCGGUUCAAGCACCCGACCAGCGCUCGAGGCCCGCCCUCGGCCACCUCCUCCAUCGAGGUGCUGGAGCAGCAGCUCACGGCUCCCAUCAUGCAUCAGAGCCACUGGCUGUCUGUGCGCCGCACGUGCCUGUGGUCGCGGCGCGCCGUGGCCGCCGUGUUCGUGACCAACGUGCUGUCGCUGCUGCUGGGGGCCGGCAUUGGGGUAUGGCUGAGUCGGCGAGGGUUGUUGCCUCCGCGGCUGAUCAUCCUGAACUAAGCACAAGACUGAGCGAUGUGGUUCGAUCGGGGCAUCAUCACAAGCACACACAAACACACACAAACAAACAAACAAAUAUUGGCCCAAAUGUUUGACCCGAAUCAUAUUUGGCCCACAUUGUUGAAAAUGUAACAAUGGUGCUAAUUCCUGUAAACACCAUCUAAUUUUAUUUUAAGUUAUAUCUGUCAUUUUCUUAUCCGUGUAAAAGGAAAGGGACGGGUAGUCAACAAGCAUAGAAUUUAUGGAACACACGUCAAUUUUAAGCACAAAUCUAAAACAACCGUCCAAAAAUUUUGCAUUGGCCAAUAACCCGACAGAAUUAUGUUGACAGCACACGUCAAACGGUUUGCAUACCAGCAAGAUAAUUCAGCGAGAGAUUUUAAUUCGCCCGGGUUAUUCAUUCAUUUACUCAUUCUUCCCAAAAUUAAGAGCUGUCAAUCAUCCGUCUCUUUCCUUUUCGGCGGAUAAGAAAAUGACAGGUAUAACUUAAAGUAAAAUUAAGAGGUGUCUGCAGGAAUCGGGGCCAAUAUUUGGCCAAUAUGUUGAAAUAAUUGCAUGAAUCGGUCAUAAUGCAGUAUUUGGCCUAAUGUUUCUAAAGCAAUAUUUAGGCCAAAUGUUAACAAAAAUGUAGUGCGAAUUAAUUGAACUCAAAUUUAGACAAGAUACAGUAAUAUUUGGAUUAAACAAUUUAAACAGUUGUCAAUAUUGAGCCAAAUAUUGCAUUUUGGCCGACUUAUGCAAUUUUGUCAACAUUCGGGCCAAAUAUUGAUCAGACUUAAUAACAGUUUGCAAACAUUUCGGUAAGAAAUGAUGUUAAAAAAAUGAUUAUUUUUAUUACAAUUGUGAUCUUUCAAAUUGUGCACGAAUGAUUAUUAUUAAUUUUAUUGUCAAUGAAUAAGUAAUAUUUCAGAAUUGAUACAUGAGACAAAAUAAUUUAUGGGAAAUUUUCUUGUGAUGUUGACUCGAAGCCACGUAGGAUGUAUUUAAGUUGAUAUAGGGUGUGUGACAACUAUACAAAUGAAGGACUUAGGGCUGAGAGUAAUCUCUAUAAACUGACUAAAACCAAAAUAAUAAAGCUCUGAUUGUUUAGGUUAAGUUAGAAAUAAUGUGGAUGUACCAUUUGAUAAACAAAAUGUACUUACGUACUUAUUUAAUUUACAAAAAAAAAAGAAUAUUUCACUCUGUGAAAAUUAAACCUUUUUGUUAACUAAAAAAUAAAUUAAUAUUAUUCAAAUCAUAUCCGUAUUAUAAGCUAGAUACUUACCGAAACUGAGGUUUUUAAUAGCGUUUUGGUAUUUCUGUUAUUCAUUAGUGAAGUCAUCAGUGAAGUCGUUAGUGAAGUCAUUAGCGAAGUCAUCAGUGAAGUCAUUAGCGAAGUCAUCAGUGAAGUCAUUAGUGAAAACUGGUAAUAUGUCCGUGCUCAUCGAAUCGCUGGGAAAUUGUAUAGUUGUCACGCAUUUCUCUUACAGUUAGUCUGACUGUCGUUAAGCGAAGUGUAUAAAAAGAAAAAAAGCUGCAAAAAAAAAGAAUUUUAACGUUAGGUCGCCACUCGCCAUUUUUUGUAUUUUCCUACUACUUUCAUCUCUUGAACUGUAUUUUUAUAUAAACAUAGAAUAAGUCACACUCCUUAAGUCAUUUCUUGCUUGUAAGAAUAAAAAAGGGAAAAUGGCGGUGUGUUUUUAAACAAUAAAAAUCUUAAGCUGGCCUGGAGGUAUUCCUUUCCUGGAAAUAUAAUAUUCCUUUCCCUGACCAGUAGACGCAAUGAAUUUAUAUAUUUUUUGUCGAACGUCUCAUCCGCCUACAAUAUAGCCAAGGAAAAGUAGCUGCAAGAAAAACCUCGGCACAGGGUCCUAGACGUUAGAAAAUGUUGUCUUGUCAAACAAUUUCAGUAAUUUGGUUCCCAGCCCAGCAUUCCCGUUUUCUAAGUAGCCUCAUAACUUUUUAGUUACCUUCUAAAUUGGAUAAUGAAGAAGUGUGAUUUUGCGAAAGAUAAAUUAUGAGAAACAGUCGUUUUGCGAAGUGUAGGUUUUUUGCGAAAAGUACAUGCUGUGUUGAAGGAAUCAAAUAAUCGCGGCUAACUUUGCUAACUGACGCAUCCAUUUUUUUUUUUGCUAAAGUGAUUUGUGUUUUAUUGCCAAUUGCAAAAAAAUGCAAAUCAGCUUCGCCAAAAGAUAACGCUCCAUUAUGGUAGAAAACAUUUUAUUUUUAAACACACCGCCUUUUUCCAUACUAGAUUUCAUAAUCAAGUUUUUUCACAUUCAUAUCGCUAAAAAGGAACGUGUUAAAAUAAUGUAUUUAUUUAUUCUUAAGAAUAACUAAUGGCUUAACUUUAGCUUCGUCGACAGGGCGCUGAUUUUAAAAAAAAGUAACAUGUGCGUGUUGGACUAUGCGCAGUGGGUUCCGCAGUUGGUCGUUUUACUUCGUGUAACUCAAGUUUCUAUCUUGACAUAUAGAAUCCUAUGAUUGGCUAAAAUAACUAAGAAUUUUCAAGUUUCAGUAUACUAUUCUUUUGCGCAACCUUUCCGGGAAUCUCAUGUGUUUUGAAAAACAAAUUGAAAUGUGGUUUUCUUCAGUAAACCCCGGGCAAAAAUUGUGACAGUAUUUUUUACCUGAAUUGAAACUAGCGCGUUUAGGCGAGGUUUUGUUAACAAAAAAAUAAAUAAUAAUAAUUUCUUUAUUCAGUUAAAAAGGCUAGGUACCCACACAUCGGAAAAAUAAAUACAUAAUUUUGAAAAUUCACAUCCGAAUGUUAUUUUUGGGAAAAGGACACGAUAUGUCAAUGUAGAAACUCGAAGCAAUCCAUCUAAAAAGCAAUAUUGCUAUUUGACAUUUGCGCAUAUAAAAGUAAGUAUUUUUUUUUUAUAUAAGGAAUAAAGAAUAUUGAAUAUUGAAACCAAUUCCUCGUUUGGAAUUAAAAUCAUUUUGUUUUAAAAUACCGUUAACUUAUAACUAAGAGAUCUUUUGCAUAAUGAUGAUGAGAUGUUUAAAUAAACAUUUACGGAUUUUUUUUAUAUUGCACUCCUGACGUAGGUAUGUCGAUUGGCAGCAUGUUUUGCAGAUACGGUACUCGUUUACGGAGUGUUCUGUCACCGAAGUAAUUGAGCAAUGGCAAGAGAUGUCAAAUUGCAGUAUUGUUUUUUAUAUGAAUUCAUUAAAUAGGCCACAUUCUAACUCCCAAGUAUAGUCAUGAGCUAUAUAAUGUACCCACUUUAGGACUCUGUCGCACUAACAUAUUUGACAUUUAGUGAGACUUACAGUUCAAUUUGUCAAAAAAGUUAAUGUGACAUGGUACCAAAGUGUAUACAUAUUAAUGCUCGUUACCGUACAUGGUAACGCCGUUUAAGACCUGAAUACUUGUGUAUUUUGUCGACGGAGCAAUAUAGUAUACAAUAAAUGUAACAUAAUAUAAGUGAUAUUUAAGCCAUACCAUAAGAUUGGUAGCAAACCUGGCGGACAAACAUAAUUUUGUGUUUGUUAGCUCUAAAAUAGCACCGUCCUUCACUUGCGAGAGAAUAUUGGUGUUGCGAGAAAGAGAUGGAGCUAGUUCUAGGAAUAGGGUAGUUUCCGAGUAGUUAGGUGAGUUACUUUUUAAACUAAACGUCAAAACACGAAAUGACAAUCAAAUCAAAAAUUAUUUAUUCGGACCACAUAUAAGAUCCAUAGGGUCAGUAACAAAAACUUAUAUACUAAGUUAGUUUACAAAAUAAGGCAUUACUAUGGCAUUUGUAUGAAGUCAUAGAAAAACGUGAGAAAAUGUCGCACUUUACAUUGUUCUUUAUUAAAAUACAUAAAAAAGUUAAAUAGAAAAAAGAAAACUUUUUUGACACCUUUAGAUCUGUCUUUAUUUAGUACUCAGAAUUCCAUAAUUUAUCUUUGACUUAACUACCCAAUUGUGUCUGAUAGAAUGUGCACCAUUAUACUAGUAACGCCCACAAUUACCCUCUUUAUUUCUUUGUUCUCGUUCCAUUUUUGUUUUGUAUUUUUGUAUUUCCUGUGUGUGAAAUCAAUUAUUUUUUGUUAUGUUGUUCGAAACCAGCAGGCUUAGCACCGUAAGCACGCGACUCUUUCUCGCCGCGACAGAGAUCAUCUGUCUCUUUCUGUGCAGUACUGUGAGAGAGUGACGGGUGACGUAUGGCAGGCGAGAGACUCGCGCGCUUACGGUGCUAAACCCGCUGGCCGAAAUUAAAAAUGCUACCUGUCAAAAGUUGUCAGUUUUGUCCGCUAGGUUUAUGUAAUAAGUAACUGUGGCGCUACUGUUCACGUUAUAUCAUCUGUAGUACUACUUUUAAGUAGGAUAAAGGGUGGUUCUUUCAUCACCGGAAGUCAAUAUUAUUACCGUUAAAAUAUCCAUUUAGAACUUACGUAUGUGACCAACUUACGUAAGACUUUCCUGGGUUUGUUGCUCAAAAUCAAUAUAAAUGGCAUUGUACAGUGUUUUAUUCUCCCUCAUUCAGCGCUUAUCGCUAUCGACCCACUAGGGUCGAUUAAUUCUUUCAAAUAUUUUUCCUCUCAGACGACGCCCUGAGCCGAGGUUCGCGCCCAACUGGGCACCCUCAGGCCUGUUGUCUUAAACGUUGUACCGGGUGAGAGCCUUCAGCGCUCCCCAUUUGUCCGGCCAAGUAGUUAAUGCCAUCUGCGGCAAAUCUACAAUAAGUCACGUCAAAAAAGACUGUUUUAUUCGUUUAACCUUCUAAUUUCACUGUUAACAGUAAUCAUAUCAACCUCCGGUAUUCAAAGACCCACCCGAAAAUAAUAAAAAUAUUAUGUUGUAUGUGUUGUAAACUAUAUCGUAGUUAGCCAUAGAAAUAUGCAAGAAUAAUAAAAAAGUAUCUUUAUUUUUAAUUGGUUACGUUUUACAAUAUGUAUAUGUAGUAAGUUAGCCCUAAGGGGACCCAAAUAUAGCUAAUUAUUAAGUUUA